CCUCUCUCUUGGUAUAUACAGCAGUUGAGACUUGGCUGGCAUGAGUUCAGAUUUAUUUCAAGAUUUUCCACUAGGAAUAUCUCCAUGCGUUCCUAUUGAUACUUGGACUUGGAAUAGGGCAGUCACUCUUUCUUGGUUUCUGCUGUUCGGCUUUUUUCUCUAGUUAUUAUCUGUAAGAAAUCAUUGUAUUGUAUUGUACUCUUAGUUGUUACUGCUGCACAUUGUCACUGUUACUGUUAGGGGAAAAUAAGGAACCCACUGUUGUCAUGGCAAAUUAUAUUGAGACCAGUAAGCUGACAGUAAGAGUGCUUCGUCCACCAGGGGGUGGUAGCAGCAACAUACUGAAUCCUGAGCCAGAAGAACAUGCAAACCGCAAAGUGAAGAACUAUAACAGGUCUGACAUCUUCAACCAGUGUGCGGAUGAUAAGCCUGCGACAGUGGUUGUCAAGGACUACAAUAAGUCCGACGUUUUAAACCAGUCUGGUGCUGGCGGAGACGCCCAAAAACCUAGUACUGCACAGAGGAAAGAAGAAGGAGACAGUGAUGAGGAGGCUGAGGAGGCAUCCAAAACUGCCCCUCCUCCCGUAGAGGCCCCUGUAAGGGUCAAGGGACCCCAGCAUGUGACUGGUUAUAACAUCAUAAACAACAUUGCCAACGCUGGACACGAGAACGAUGAAUUUGAUUCACCCAUCCGGGGUCGCAAACGUUUUACAGACUCAAAGAGAGGAGAAGAAGGAAUCAAUCCUAUCACUGGAAUGGUCAUUGGGGCUCCACAGACAACGGAGAGGCCAUCCACUAAAGUACAUCAUCCACCAGGUGGCAAGUCAACUGCUUUGUGGUAGAGGGCCAAGAAGAGCCAGAGUCUCAGUCUCUUGGGAGAAUGGAAUACACAUAGGACUCAUGAAAAUUGAAACUCAUUGUCUGUUAAUAUAUAUAUAUAUAAUAUGGGACUAAAACACUAUGCAUUAUUCUUCUGUUGAACUUGAAUACAAGACAGACAUGUCUUAUGAAUGAUUUACAAUAUCUUAGUAAAAAAAAAAAAUGAACAUUUGAAACCAGUUUGAAAAUUUUGAAUAAAAAAACAUGGGCCCACCAAGUUAAAUAUGACCGACAGAUUGUGUAGUUCAUUGAAAAUCUUGUUUGAAGCAAUGCUUGCUAUAAACGGAUUUCAUGGCAAAAGCUUUGCAGUGAUGUCUUAUUUCAUUGAAAUUAUUUAUAGUGAGAAAAGUCUGGAUGGAUGUGAAAAAGAUUUGAGUGCAUAUUUGGGCAUUUAAGCAAGGUGGUUAGACACAUUUAUUUGAGAAAAGAUGGAACUAUUGAACUCUAAGAAUUGAUAUGGACCCUUGUGAUAUUAUUAUUGGGGCUUUUCAGUAAAACUCCCCGAGCUUAUGAGUAACACUUAGCUAAUCCCUCAACUAGCUAUCAUUUCUGCCAUGUUAAUCUUAUUGAAAUCUGGUGGGACAUGCUAGUAGCUCUGACAAUGGGAAACGGUGUAUCCCAAGUUGACCACAGACAAAUUCACAAAAUUUCUAAUUUUUGUCAGGCAUAUUCAUUUAUGCAUGUUUUGUACACAAUUUCUUGUACAGUAUUCAAUUUGAACAAAACAAAAGUGCAAUGUUAACUUAAUUGUUUACUUUGAGUUUUGUUUUUCACAUGUUUUGUUACCAUUUAGUAAAACAGAAGUUCUUUUUGACACUCACCAGUGUAACACUCACCAAGUAAAAAUCUUGUUUUGUAAUAUAUUAACUCUCAGAUAUAUAUCAAGUGCUUGCUGCUGCAUUCUUGCUGUAACCAAAACUAAUGAUGACUACUUGAAACCUCAUUGCAAUUUAGAUUUAUAGCUUGUUCAGAAGGAAAGUUGUAAAAUAUUUCUUGGAAGGUUUGGAUAUGUGUGUACUUCAAGACAGCUGUAUUUACCUCAAGUGAGAACUGCUAGUGAAGUUAAGUCAUGGGCUCUGUUAGAUGGAGUAGUUUUUUAACCAACAUAUCUCAUUCCAUAAAGUCUGAAUGUAGUUUUCCAUAUCGUUCAUUCCAUAAAACCCAGCUGUAGUUACUCACUGGCCAUAAUUUUUCCUUUCAAUAUUUACAUAGGAAUGCACUUAAAAAAUUGCUGUGUGCACUUUGUUGUCCAUUUGACGAUAUCUGUUGAAUAAGUAUGCUCCAAUGUAAUUCUCACUGACAAAGAUAAAGAUUCUACUGCUAUUUACAUGUUAUGUGUCUAAUAUAAGAAUAUUUCCUUUUGUUUUUUAGUUUAUUAAGAAAUGGGUUACUUUGCAUUUGCUGUUAUUUCAGUCCCAUUAGUUAUUAACAUUUCCAUUCUGACCACAUUAUUGUAUUGUGUUUAUCGAUAUUCCGUAUCUUCAUUCCAUUAGAUAAAUACUUCAAAUAGCAUUGAAGAUUCUUCUUACAGAAAUCUGUAUUUUCAAAACUACUUUUUUCCUCCAAAUAUUGAGUUAUGGUAGUUGUUGUGAAAAAUAGACUUUUGAAUGUUAAUAUCAAAAUGCUGGCAGUUUUGUAAAUAAAAUUUGGAUAACAGCAGA